AGACUUUGUGCAAGUUCUGCCGCAGAGUUUGUCUUCCCACGGUAACACUAUGCAGAAGGCCAAUGGUCAGAAACCAAAUACCAAUACCAUUUCCUCUCUGUUCACCAAUUCUCAGCACAGGAAGCUUUGUGCUAGGAGAACAGGUGCUAGAAGAAGAACAACGACCUCUUUGUAGCUGCACUGCAGGGCUCCCAGGAGCACAGAAAGAGCAGUGACUCUGGCUGCUGAGGAUCACUGGCAGGGGAUGACACGGAGCUCACAGCAAGCUGGAUGGUGCAAGAAACCCACAUCACCCACAAAUGCAAGAGCUACUUUGAAAGUUGUCAGGAAGACCAUGUACACCAUCGUUCUGCUCAACAUCACUGCAGUCACAGGAGCUACAGGGAACAACAGAGUGUCAGCGACAGUAGGUAACAGCUGUGUGCUCACCUGCCCUCCCAAAUCAAAUAUAACUACGGUAACAUGGAAAAUAAGCCCCAAGGUUGGAGGCCUCUGCACCUUGGGCUACAGGGCUGAUCAGAACAAGACAGACAGAACAAACUGCAGUGACAGCAUCAACUGGAAAUUCAGACCAGAUCGGGACCCUGCCCUUGAGAUAUGGCUAGUAGGAAUAGACCAUGAGGGAAACUACGCCUGCGAAGUAGUAGCAACAGAAGGGAAUUUCCACAAGACGUACGACCUGACCGUGCUAGUGCCCCCAAGGCUGACCAUGUACUGUGAUGACCACGGGAACCCCGUGUGCAAGGCAACGGCAGGGAAGCCGGCUGCCCAGAUCUUGUGGGUCCUAGAGAGCAACUCCACCCCCAAGGAAGAAGGCCAUGACAACGGGACAGUGACUGUUCUCAGCACGUUCACAGCAUACAGCAACAACGUGACUAAUACAACCUGCAUUGUGUCCCACCCAGCUGGGAACCAGAGCAUGACCAUAGCCUGUCAUCCCCCAGAUAGUACAUGGCUUCUCCACUGUGUCAUCAGCCUUGCUAGUCUCCUGGGCCUCCUCUUCCUGCUUGCUGUACUUCAUCUCUGCACCUUCUGUGAUAGCAGGUAUGUAUGGGACAUGAUACACACAAACCCCUUUGGCCAGUCCUGGGGAAGUUUGGAAGGGCUUCUGAUACUAAUUCAUGUCAUGUGUGGUCACCUCAGUCUGUCAUGAACACACCAGUUCAGCACAUGUUCAUGGAGGUUUGUCCGAGGUCUAUAACACCACAGCUGGGGCAGAGGGGGAGGGAGUCCAUACAUGAGUGUUAGAGACCUUCCUGCUGCCAUACUUCUUUCAGAAGCAAAAUUACAAAGGGAAUGGUUAGUUUUUUCCACCCAGUUGAGGGAUACGAACAAAGAUUGCCAGGCUAUGAAGAUUAAAGAGGCAGCAAAAUAUCUUUCUGAGCUUGGAGCCAGACUUUUGGUGCAUUUUGUCCUACUCAAAGGAAGCCAGGGAAGGCAGGGCCAAUGUAGAAAUGCAGGAAGUAUUGCAUGAGAGCAGAACAGGUCUGCCGUUGUAACUGCUCAGGAGUUCUGGCGGCAGUCUGGCAGCUUGGCCGAUUACUCUAUCUGAGCUAGCCUCUCUGUCACAAGGUGCAAUUGCUGCCCAGAAUUACAGUACAAACACCACAGAGGCAGAACUAACGACUGUGUUCAAGUCACUUGAGCUCCACGCUUUGCCGGGGCUGUUGGCAGCUCUCUGUUUGGUGCCGCCUGGAGCACGGCCAGCUCUGGUCAUGCUCAUGUGAGAUCACAGAUAUAAAGCCUUACAUUCUUUUGUUUCUCUACCAAAUAAAGGGGAGGAAUUCUGUUCUUACAUUCCUAGAGCCCCAAAUUGCAUUCCCAAACAGCCUUGUCCUCGCACUUACAGUAUUGGUGUCUUGUUUCCUAGAACAAUGAGAAGCCAGUAUAAGCCAAGGAAUCUUCCAUCUGCAGAGCUGUCUGGGCCUAAUUCUAACUCAGCACCUGAGCAGAGAUGAAAGAAACUCCCAGUAUGCCUCAGUCAGCAAUGUGACAUGCAGCAGGGACUUACCAGUACCAAAGCGUUCAGGAGAAAGAAGCAAAUACCUGCAAUGCAGCUGGUGUAACUGUGCAGAAACAUGGCAUGCAGGGCAGAUCCUACCUGAGCCUUGUCAGCUCUGUCUUCCAUCAUCUCUCUAGUGCAACUAUAGAUGCUCUUACUACUCAUGCAAGCAUCAAUUUUUUUUUUAUAAAACCACAUCUAACAUAUAUGCAAUAGGAAAUUCAUGUUGUAUAAAAUGAGGUCACUCCAUUUCAAAUACAUUGUAUUCUAGUAUUUAAGUAUCAUGUCUUAUAGGAUAAAAUAAAUCAGAAGAAAUUUUCUUGCAUACUAAUGAGCAGCAACCUUCUCGGGAUAAUCACACAGGACUGAAGCUAAAUUUGAGCAACUCUCAUUUUCACUAUAAGAAUUUUGAAGUGUUUCACCAACAGCUAGAAAAAAGGGAGAGAGAGAGAAUGCUUGAGCUUGAGUAGUUAUGGCUACAUGAAGCACAGAAAUUCUUACAAUCUUGAGAUCUAAGCCUCACACUCAUUUACCUCUUUGCAUAAUCCAGAGAGCUGCAGCCCACAGAACACACAGCUCUCUAGUAUUAAUUUCUUUAAAUUACAUCUUUAAAAACAUCUUACUGGUCCUAUCACAAGGGACCCCUUGAGUUUAAUCUUUCAUUCGAUGACAUACUGCCACUACUAAGCCUCUAAACAUAGCUGUGCCUCUUCACUAUUUCUUAACUUCUAUUCUGAAUAGACAUGACUAGAGCUGAAUAUUACUAUGCAGCCAAAACUUCAAAGGAAAUGCAGGUAUUUCAGACCCGCCUCACUCCUCCGUGCUCAGCAGAAAUCCACGGCUUGUUGUUACUGUACAGAAGACUCUAUUUCAAACUAUAAUAUGUCUGGAGACCUUUUCCACUUGCUACAGCCAUUCAAUUUCCUAAAUCUCUGCAAUGAGAUGUUAAUGAUAUUCCUGUGAGAUGUCAGCUUACCUAAGGGCAGAAGUGGGAAGGUACUGCAGGAGCAUCUUUGCUAAGCAUGCUACCCUGUGUUUGUGCAUCUCACGUGCCCGGGUUACAGAGCUCUUAGGCCUUUCUAUGCUCUUCACAACCCUUCCAAUCCCAGACUAAGUCUUUUUAUUUUUCCUUCUUCUUUUUUUGCCAUAGCUAUUCAAGCAUUUAAUUUUGGGGUGUAUCAGUUGCAGAUCUCUAGCUCUCAGGCAGCAAGCUGGGCUUAGAAUUGGGGCAUUAAUAUGUUAAAGAGAAGGUAAAACACCGAAGGCAAGGUACUAAACUCCUCUGGGCUUUGGGGACUCUUUAAGAAGGGCAAGACUGCACAAGUGUCCACAAAUCUCAGCUGUUCUGAAGGCAUCAGUGAAUCUCAGCCAGAUUUAUUAGCUUUGUUGUAGUGCCUUGCACACACAGACCAGGUUUAAGACUGAUAAGAUAGGGCAAUUGCCCAGAUCCCCAGGCCAAAAGAAUACCUAAGGCUCAGUUAGAUAGCAUUACAAGUGCAGGGAAGAGGAGAGGGUAGAGAACAGGGAACUCCACAGCUUCCACAAAGCCGGAACACGAUCCUGAUCUUUGUUGUUCGUUCAUUGCUUCUACCCAUGACCGACCACAUCUCAAGCUUUAUGAGCCUUAUUUCACAUCUGAACCAGCUACUGAAGGAGCCAGGGCCAAACCUCACCUAAACUUCAGUAAUAAAAAAAUUAAGCUUUUCAGUCUCAGCACACUAACAUAUAGAAUAGUUACCUAGCUUUAUACAGAAAAGGAAAUGCCGUGUCACUGCACUCCCCCGUGCAGCUUUUCUACCACUACUUUGCUGCCCGUCACCCUUUCCUGGUGCAACAGAUAAACUGGUGUAAAUCACUGCCUGGGGCCAUUUCUGCAGAAUGGCACCUGCAGGAUGCAGACAAUGAUUCUGCUGGCACAGCACCAUGAAACUGUUCCUUUCACGUUUACAAACACAGGCCCAUUCCAUCCAUCUGUUGUCACAUAUGGCUGUUUGGUCGCAACAGAAUCUGAACUCUGCAGAGCUGACACACAAUGCGAAUGAACUCAGAGACAAGAGCUAGAGGAAUAAACAAUUCAGAGGCUCACAAAAUUACUGCUAAUUCUUUGUGGUAACCUAACCGCUUUAUCAAAAGGCCAGCAAGCAGAAAACCACACUGACUUUAGUUGAUAUUUGUAGCUAUCCUAGUAACUGAAUUUCCACAGUGCGCAUCACCUGACCGCACGCAGAUUAUACUCAGCUAAAUCUCAUCUCUGCAGCAGCUAAGCAAGCGUUGAGCACCUACACAUACAAACCUACAUGCAAACACACAGCUUCUCCACCAGCAGUCUCAUUUUGUGUUAAGACCAUCUGCAAAGCUGCGAAUCUGCUUGGCUCUUACUAAGUAUAUUACAGACAAAGGAAGUACACAGAGAAGACUCAUCUUCUUUUCCUCUCUUCACAAACUGCAGGGCAAGAAAAUUUCAGAGAUACCAACAAGGUCAUGCCGUAGGUUAGCAACAGCCCACCAGUGUCGGUGGUAUUCAGGACGUGUGCUUGUUGAGCUCUACUUGCUACGUGUCUUUUCUCUAGAUUGGUCAGGUCUCCAGGAGAGAGGAAAAUAUCUCACAUCCUUUGUUGCAGUUUCCAUUCAAAUGGCUCAGUCUCUCUACCCUCCAUCAGGGAUAAAAGAAAUCAAACUCACACACCAGAGUCCACAGGGUUCUGUAACCAGCCUUGCCCCUACUCCUUGGUCUAUUUACUCCCAAAUCCUUCUGCAGGAGGGAGGAUAAAGCAACCUAAGCUUUCUACAGUCAGAGUUUCAGUCCAGUCUCCUAGGCAACUACCGGAGCAACUAAGAACAUUUCUUCCUUUCUCUCACUGGACACUCUUCUUAUUGGCCUGUUCACCACAUGAUAACAACAGAUUUGAUUUCAAUGUGCUAGAUUGAGCUCAGAGCUGUUUAGGUAUUAAUUGGCAGGCUUCUGUGUUUGCCAUGAGGCUUGCUUGCCUUACUGUAUAUUAGAGUCCAGUGCUCAUUAGUGGUUGCUUUUGUUGCUUGCUGUACUGCUUAUCAUCU